UCGUUACGUCAUCAACGGUGUGCCGAGCGGUUCUCCCCCUGGUUUAGCCUAGCCGCGGUUCACCGUCAAAAGUCGUCUUAACGCGUUUGUAACUUACUUUCUGAUCGCUAAACGAUCUGAUUGAAUUCAUGGUCGUAUUUAAUCCGUCAUUAAACAGAAGCGAUAUAAAAUGUAGCUAUCUCUUUUUCUUAAACUGAACGUAAGUCUACGUUAACUGUUAGCUUUGUUAUCCAACCUGGGCCCGUGACCACAAAGGCCGGGCGCUGCUUUCCUUUUCACAAUGUAUCCUUCAUGGGGAAAUUUUGGUGGAAAUCAGCCGCAAAACUAUGGGGGUCCUCGUAAGCCAUCGAGUGGCAGCCACCCCGGCCAGGCUGCAGGUUUCGGGGGCUUCGAGGCUCCCUCCGGCGGGUCGCUCUUUUCCAGCUUGCAGGAGCAGCAUCUACAGCAGCUACAGCAGCUGCAGAUGCUUCAUCAGAAACAGCUCCAGUCUGUGCUACAUCACGGCAACAGUGCUUCCCCGUACGGUGGCGGACACCCCGGUGGGUAUUCGGGGUCGUCGUGGCAUUCAGAAGGAUCAGGACAUUUUGAGAGCGGUUCUGGGGCACAGUCGUACUAUCCCCAAGACGAGACACAGGCGAGAGUCCCCCCUGGUGCUCCCAAACUCGUUCACCAGCAGCCUCCUCCGCCUCCAUCGCAACCGAACCCGGUCGAUCCUCACUCGGUCCCUCCCCCUCCAGAACCGCAACCAUCAAAUCCACUGGAAAAUAACGGUGCCUCGAAAGAGACGAACAUGAAGGAGCCACCCCCGUCAGAAGACGACAAGUCUUUACCUUUGCAGGAGAAGCAGCAACUUUGGUACAAACAACAUCUUCAGAAUCUACAGAAACUCAAACAAGAGAAAGCCAAACAGAAUCAAAGAGACGGUGAUGGGUCCAUGCCACCACCAAUCCAUACAAAUGCUCCUCUGCCUCCAUCAGAAUCACACAAAAACGCACCGCCACCACCCCCUCCCAAAGAUGAGCCCCCUGUACCACCUCCACCACCCGAGGAAGUACGGAGUGAAAAUGUAGGACAGUCCUCAGCAUUUACAGAAACACCGGAAAUUCCAAAAGACCCAGAGGAAGCUGCCCGUCUCCAACAGUUGCAGGCUGCAGCAGCACAGUGGCAGCAGGUCCAACAGCAGAAAGCUGGCUUACAAUACCAGGCUCUCAUGCAGCAACAUGAAAAGCUACAACAAGUCCUGGAAAAAUACCAACAGCUGAUUCAACAACCUCCAAACAUACAGUCAAUGUCUCCUGAAAUGCAGCUCAGACAUUAUGAAAUGCAACAGCAGCAGUUCAUUCCAUUAUUCCAAGACUGGGAUCGCUCCUUUGCCCUGUGGUAUGAACAGUUUCAGACCUAUCCCCACAAAGACCAACUGCAGGACUAUGAGCACCAAUGGAAGCAGUGGCAGGAACAAAUGAAUGCCACCAAUGCGCACCUUCAAGAAAGAGUUGCCACGCUCACUGCCAUGGUGCCUUUUGCUUCAAGUCAGUUUAACAGUGGGAUGAUGGGACAAUUUGGCCAGUACCCUGGGCAAGACAUGGCAAUGCCUCAGCAGCCCCCGGUUGCUGUUGGUCCCGCUCUUCAAGGUCCAAAGCCCGCUGGCUUUGAGGCACAUUCACUGUCACCUGCUGGACCUCCUAUACGAGGAAGUGGCCCUGCUGGCAUGGGAGUCAGACCCCCGUGUCCUCCAGUUGUUCAACCACCAAGCUUCAACAGCGUUAGAGGUCCACGACCCACCAACCCCAGAUUUGACCAGCCGCCGCCGCCGCAACGCUUUGAUGGUCCCCCAAGGUUUGACCAACCACGGCAGCACUUUGAUGGUCCUCCAAGGUUCAACCAACCACAGCAGCGUUUUGAUGGUCCCCCAAGGUUUGAUCAACCAAGGAAUCGCUUUGAUGGUCCCCCAAGAUUUGACCAACCACAGCAACGCUUUGAUGGUCCCCCUCGAUUUGAUCAACCAAGGAAUCGCUUUGAUGGCCCCCCAAGGUUUGAACAACCACGGCAACGCUUCGAUGGCCCCCCAAGAUUUGACCAGCCUCGAUUUGGACAGCAGCCUAGGUAUGAGUCUGCAAGGCCCCCUGGGCCCCCACCUCGUUUUGAAUGUCCACCAGUGCCUCAGCUAAAACAGCAAGGUUCCCAACCCAAGGCAGACCCAACCAGUCAACAACCUCCCAAUAAAGAUUCCAAUACUCCAGGAAAAUCAGCUGAUCUACCACAGUCUGAAAAAGAAAAGAGUCAAUCAAAAGUUGAUGAUACUGAAGACAUGACAGAUGACAACCUGCUGUCCACGGAGGGCUUUUUUGUCCAGAGUGACCCAAUCCCUCAAACUCUACAAACAAAUACAAAGUCUGAAGAAUCAGAUGGCAAUAAUGCUUCUGAUAAUAGUGAAACACCGAAACCUGCAGUGACAAAACCCACUGUAACUGCUACUUCUCCUGUGGUGACAAAGACUACUGCACAGAAUUCAAUCAAACAAGAUGAACCAUUGACAAACAGCAAACUACAGAAUGCAAAGUUUCCUGGAAUUCAACCACAGCCACAAGUUUCUGGCCAAAUGCAGUCAAAACCUGAACCUCCAAAUCUCCCUCCUGGUAGGGGACGAGGCCAGGCCCCAGUUUCAGUUGAAGUUCGUGGACGAGGCCGUGGGCAACGAGGUCGUGGAGAGUUUAGGGGACCAAACACUGUACCGGUGGGGGAAGAGAUAAAAGAGAUGCCUUAUGACUACAUGCAACCUGAAGAAAACUUUGAAAUGUCGGAAGAGCAAGAAGACUACCACUGGCAAGAUCCCUCAUAUGAGGAGUUUGGUGGUGAGGAAUCAGAGGUGCCCCCAGAAGAUAUGUGGAUGCCAGAAGAACAUCAUUUCCCAGAAGAAGAGUAUUAUGAGGAACCAAUUGGAGGACCCCACAUGGGAAGAGGUGGACCUCCAAUGAUGCGAGGAGGUCCACCAGGGAACAGAGGUGGACCUCCUAUGGGAAGAGGUCUACCUUUGGGUAGAGGAGGUCCACAUAUGGGGAGAGGAGGUCCCCCUGGCGUCAGAGGGGGUCCCCUUAUGGUCAGGGGAGGUCCCCCUGGAAUGAGAGGAGGUCCCCCUGGGAUGAGAGGAGGUCCCCCUGGAAUGAGAGGAGGUCCCCCUGGAAUGAGAGGAGGUCCACCUGGGGUCAGAGGAGGUCCACCUGCUGGUAGAGGCGGCCCCCCUAUGGGAAGAGGCGGCCCCCCUAUGGGACGAGGAGGCCCACCCAUGGGAAGAGGAGGGCCUAUGGGACGAGGAGAGCCAAUGGACAUGCAUUGGGAAGAACCUGAGUCAGCUGAUUACUCAGAGGAAGGGGACCCUUAUUGGAGAGAAAGGAGACCUCCAAUGAGGGGCAUGAGACCUCCGUUUCCACCUGGCCGUGGUCGUCCUCCACGUGGUCACCCUGGUUUCAUGCAUCAAGGACGAGGACGACCCCCUCUUCUACCACAUGGGCCAAUGGAUCACGAGACAUUAGGGCAUGGAAUUGACACAGAUGAUGCUGAAGCGGAUCCAUCAAUGCACCCCAUGUACCAUGGUCAUGACCCUUAUAGUCAUGCGAUGCCUCCUGAAGGAGGAAGAGGAAGGCAUCGUGGGCCACCACCACCACCGCAUGAAAUUAUUGAUUCUAUGGAGGACCCAUCGUAUGAUGAAAGAAUGGAGAAUCAAGAAUUAGGUUGGCACCAACCACAUGGAAGGCGUCCUCCUCCACCACCACACGACAUUAUAGAUAGAGGAGGAAUAAGGAGGAGACCUAUGGGUCGAGGAAUGGGAAGGGGCAUGUGGCGACCAGGUCCCACAAAUGAGGAAUAUGAAGAGGGAUAUGUUGAGGUCUACACUAAGGAUUAUGGUCAUGGGGAAAAUGAGUAUAACUGGAGGCCAUCACAGGACUGUCCUCCUGGUGACUUUCGCCGUGAUGCCAAGUUCUAUGAUUCAGAGUGCGAAAGAGAGCGUGGUCUCCCUGAGAGGGACUUUCCUCCCCGCAUGCCACCCCCAGAACCCUACAGAGAUGGCCAUUGGCAAGAGGAAAGAGAACGAGGUCGUCCAUAUCCAUAUGAUGAACAUGAGAGGGGAAGAGGAGAAAUCAGAGUCCGUGAAUAUGGUGAUGCACCAUCAUAUCGGCAGGAAGACAAACCAUACCCACCAUCCUCAGACUGGGAUCGGCCUUCCAGACCUACUCCACCAGAGAGAGGAUAUCCUCCUGACUAUGAAAAUCGUAGACCUCGCUAUGACGAAGAGCGUCCUCUGGAUAUACGUCCACCGCCUGCAGCACCUGUCACUAACUUGACUGAAAGCUCCGUUGACCCAGCAUCCCAAGGAACAAGUGGAGCAAAUGUACUUGCCCUCUCCCAACGCCAACAUGAGAUUAUCUUGAAAGCUGCUCAAGAGCUUAAACUAAUGAGGGAAUUGCAUGAGGCAAAGACACCUGGUACUGAACCACAGCCUGCAACUGAACCUUUGCCAGAGCUACCUGCUGGACUUCUUGGUUUAGAAAUCCCACCAGAAGUCAGGAAUGUUCUCAAGGGUAUAACUGCUGCACCAACUUCACAGAUGGGUGUAAGCGAUCCUGUGUCCUGGGACACCAAACCUGCUGCCUCACAAUACCAGCCAUCUCUACCUGCUGCAUCCAUACCUCCAGUGAUUCCAAAGACUGUAGAUUAUGGGCAUGGGCAUGAGCCUGGGGCCACUGUUGAGCGGAUCUCUUAUGGUGAGAGAAUUGUGUUGAGGCCUGAUCCACUGCCAUCAGACAGGGGCUAUGAAAAAGAACCUCUUGGCCUCAGAGAUCCUUAUGGCAGAGACCCAUAUUAUGAACGACGGUCAGACCCCUACAUGGACCGCCGGGAGUACAGCAGAGAAAGGGAACUAUACAGAGAAAAGCUUCCGCCUGAAUACGAAAGGGACAGAUUUGAGAGGGAGCGUUAUCCCCCAAGAGAGAGAGAUGACAGCGCACAAGCCAUGGUUGACGAAAGAUCUCCUCUAGCACUUCUGCGCUCAGGGUUUAGGGAGAGAGAACGGGAUGUUCGAGACAGAGAGCGAAGCGGAAGCCGCGAUAGAGAUGACCGUUAUGCGAGGCCAGGAUAUGACAGACCUCCAUAUGAGCGCCCUGGCCUUGACCGCAGCGGGCCCGAGCGUUACGGCCAUGCCUCCUCUCCUUAUGGAGACAGAAGAAGUUAUCCAGAGGACAGAGGACCUCCCACUGUACCACCACUCCCGCCUCCAGCGCAGCCUCCUCCAAGGGUCGAGAAGAAGCCUGAAAUCAAGAAUAUCGAUGACAUCCUUAAAACACCUGGCAGAUCUACGCGGCCUGAAAGGAUAGUCAUCAUAAUGAGGGGACUACCAGGAAGUGGAAAAAGCCAUGUUGCAAAACUCAUACGGGACAAGGAAGUUGACUGUGGCGGUGCACCUCCAAGAGUUCUUGUUUUGGACGACUAUUUCAUGACGGAGGUUGAGAAAGUUGAGAAAGACCCAGACACCGGGAAGAGAGUCAAAACCAAGGUACUUGAGUACGAGUAUGAGCCAGAGAUGGAGGAUACCUACCGGAGCAGCAUGCUUAAAACAUUUAAGAAAACUCUGGAUGACGGCUUCUUCCCAUUCAUCAUAUUAGAUACUAUCAAUGACCGGGUCAAACAUUUUGAUCAGUUCUGGAGCGCCGCCAAAACUAAAGGCUUUGAGGUGUACCUGGCUGAAAUCACUGCAGAUACUCAGACAUGUGCCAAGAGGAAUGUACAUGGGCGCACACUAAAGGACAUAAUGAAGAUGUCCAAUAACUGGGAGCCUUCGCCACGUCACAUGGUGCGCUUGGAUGUCCGAUCGCUGCUUCAGGAUGCUGCUAUAGAGGAGGUUGAAAUGGAGGACUUCAAUCCAGAUGACGAGCCCAAGGAACCCAAGAGAGAGGAGGAAGAAGAGGGCGAUCUAGGCUACAUUCCAAAAAGCAAAUGGGAGAUGGACACGUCUGAGGCCAAGCUCGACAAGUUGGACGGUCUGGGGAGCAGUGGGAAGAGGAAACGUGAAGGUGAACACAUGUCAGGCCUGGAGGACUACCUUCAGCUGCCAGAUGACUAUGCCACGCGCUUGUCUCAGCCAGGAAAGAAAAGGGUUCGAUGGGCUGAUCUUGAAGAGCAAAAAGAUGCGGAUCGAAAGCGCGCCAUUGGUUUUGUGGUGGGUCAAACGGACUGGGAGAGAAUAACGGAUGAGACCGGCCAGCUGGCGCAAAGAGCUCUCAACCGUACCAAGUAUUUCUAAGAAGAUUAUCUUAUCCCCUUUUUAAGGCUCAAUAAGGUGUCCAGAAUGUGAAAAUGCUGACGCUUGCAAGUGGUGAAACAUGUCACGGUUACAUCCCCAGCAGUUCGUCAAACUCUUUGUUAGGUCAUUGUCCAGAGUAGAGUGUAUUUUUUUCUCUAGAUAAUCACUAAUUUUGUAGUUUAUAAUUUAUGUGCUACUUCUGGCCAUGCACCUUCUCAUGUUUUUCGCUUGUUUUUUUUACUCCUCCCACUUCAUGUACUGUAUAUCUGUAGCACUGUUUUAUGGUCCAUUCAUAGUUGAAAAAUAAUAAAAAAAAAAAUAUUUCACAAAA